CCAGCUCGGGGCCACCGCGGGAGCCACUGCUGUGCCCAUUACCGUGCCUGCCCCUCGCUGCCUGUGGCGGCCGCCCAGCCCGCGCCCCGGUGCCGGUGCAGAGGAUGCCCGUCGAGGCCCUGCAAGCCGGCGACGCCAUGAAGGGGGUGGCGGUGACGGCGCCCUUCACUUCGGCCAUGCCCAUCCGCGUCCUCCGCAAGGGUCCCGCGUAUUUCCGUCGGCGAGCCGAGCCGGGCGCCGGGAAGCCCAGCGCUGUGGAAAGGCUGGAGGCCGACAAGGCCAAGUACGUGAAGAGCCAGAGGGUCGCCAGCACCAAACAGGAGCCGGUGAAGCCACCGCUGCUUAAGCAGCCCCUCUUCACCCCGGGGGUCCGCCGGGCUGCGCUCACCCCCAGCCGCAGGGCACCCCCGGGGCCACGUCGCACUGAAGCUGGCGGCCCAAAGACCUCCCUUGACCUGGAGAUCCUCAACAACCUCAUCAACCUCUGUGACAGUCCCUUCCCCAAGGUGGAGAGCCCACUGGGACGGGAGUGCAAGUGGAGGGCGGAGGUGCCAGGGGUACCGGGCUGUGGGACAGAGGAUGCCAACAAGCUGCCAGAGCCCCCCACCGCCACCAAGCCCCCCAGCAGCGUGGCUGUGCGGAGGGUGGACGUCCAUCCCUCUGGGGCCCCGCAGGGCCGGGUGACACCGGUAUCUGCGUCCCCCGUCCCGGGGGGGCUUCCUGCCACCCCGUCCAGGAGCUCACCCACCCGCCCCGAGAGCACCCGCCGGCAGCCCCAGCUGCACCGCUCCAAGUCGGACCUGAGCGACCGGCUCUCACGGGCCACUGCAGACCUGGAACGCUUCUUCAACUACUGCGGCCUUGAACCCCAGGAGGUCCAGGACAUGGGCGCCGAGCACUUCGCCCGCGCCAGCUCCGACAUCGUGUCCCUCAAGUUCCAGAGCGUGAGCACGGCCAGCUCGGAGGGCGGCCGCUCGCCGCCCAGCGCGGCCACACCGGAGGGGCGGCCGGUCGAGCGCGUCCCCUACGGCAUCUCCGUCAUCGAGCGCAACGCCCGCGUCAUCAAGUGGCUGUACGGGCUGCGCCAGGCCAGGGAGCCACAGCGGGUCUCCGACGUGUAGCGUUGCUGCAGUGGAGGCAGGUGCCGGGGACGGGUUGCUCAGGAGCAGGUGAUGACAGAUGGGGCUGUGGAGGUGCUGGCUGUGCCCCAGGAGAAGCGGGGAGCUCUUGGUGGUGAUAGGACCUUCAAGCUCAGCCCCUGUCUUGCUUCCCUGGCCUCUGUGCCACAGCAGCACUGGCAGAGCACUGGUGUGGUGGCUGGACAUCCUACCUGCUGGCUCUGGCUCUGACAGACCCCUGUGAGCCCAUAGGAGAGGCAUGUGUCCUCAGGUGUGUGGCUGGUCCCCAACACCCUCCUCCCAGCCACUCCCAUGGGACCCCAUGUGUGGUCACCCUGCUGGAUGCUCCUGCCUGCCCUGCUCCUUGCCAGCACCCAUGGGUGGGGGGUAAGGGUCUGGUUCCCCCCUCCCAGCACAGAGCCUGGACAUAGCCCCUGGGAAGAAGGCUCUCUGCAGCCUCCACAGGGAGGCCCACAUCCUGGUGGUCCUGGUCUUAAUGCUGGAGGUCUGGGAGAAGUGGGGUUCUUCAAAGGGGGGCAGGCCUGACCCCCACCCUCCAAGCAGCCCCCUUGGCUGCCAGCAGGCACCCAGCCCCAGGGUGCUGGGCCCUGGUAUUUAUGAAGAUGAUGGUUGUUGGUCUUUUCCUCAUUUCUACUGUUUUUCCAGAUGUUUGAUAUGUAAAUAAUAAUAAUAAUGCAGCUGGUUUUAUUAAAUCUCUGCUCUGGA